GCGUCAUUGUGGAGAACACGCUGAACAUCGCAUCAUCUGACCAGGAUCUCCAGGACCGGCGAUUUCAGCGUCAACUCCUCCAAGAGCUGGAGUUCCUGAAGGAGGUUUUUGAGUCCGCGGACUCGGACGGCAGCGGAACCCUCGACCGUGAGGAGUUCGUCGAAAUAUGCCAAAGACCAGAGGUCAAGAAUGCGCUGCUCCGCAUGGAGGUCCCGGCGGAGCAGCCAGAGGAGCUUUUCGACAUCCUCGACGAGGAAGGGGUCGGCCAAAUCAGCUUCCUCACCUUCCACGAGAGUGUGAAGUCCAUGGCCGGCAAAACCUCCGCUAUCAUCCCAGGAGCAUGA